AUGGCAGAAGUUGAACAAUUUUCAUUUCAAGCUGAAAUUUCUCAGCUUAUGUCUAUAAUUAUAAAUACAUUUUAUUCAAAUAAAGAAAUUUUCCUUCGUGAAUUGAUUUCUAAUGCAUCUGAUGCCUUGGAUAAAAUUCGAUAUGAAUCGCUUACAGAUCCAUCAAAACUUGAAACAGGGAAUGAACUUUAUAUCAAAAUUAUUCCGGAUAAAGAAAAUAAAACUCUUUCCAUUAGAGACACUGGCACUAAAGCAUUUAUGGAAGCUCUCCAAUCUGGUGCUGAUAUAUCAAUGAUUGGUCAAUUUGGUGUUGGUUUCUAUUCUGCUUAUUUGGUAGCUGAUCGUGUUCAAGUGAUUACAAAACAUAACGACGAUGAACAAUACAUUUGGGAAUCUGCUGCUGGUGGUUCUUUUACAAUCACUCGUGACACAAUCAAUCCUCCUCUUGGUCGCGGUUCUGAAGUUAAAUUGUUUCUUAAAGAAGAUCAACUUGAUUAUUUGGAGGAACGUAAAAUAAAAGAAGUUGUCAAGAAACAUUCUGAAUUCAUUGAACUUAACAAAACAAAGCCAAUUUGGACGCGUAAUCCUGAUGAUAUAGAACAUGCAGAUUAUGCUGCCUUCUAUAAAUCAAUAACUAAUGAUUGGGAAGAACAUUUGGCUGUUAAGCAUUUCUCUAUUGAGGGCCAACUUGAAUUCAGAGCACUUCUUUUUGUUCCAAGUCGUGCUCCAUUCGACUUAUUUGAGACCAAAAAGAAACGUAACAAUAUCAAACUCUAUGUAAGGCGUGUGUUCAUUAUGGAUGAUUGUGAAGAGUUGAUACCCGAAUACCUUAAUUUUGUUAAGGGUGUUGUAGACUCUGAAGAUUUGCCCCUAAACAUUUCACGUGAAACGCUUCAACAAAACAAAAUACUUAAAGUUAUUAGAAAAAAUAUCGUAAAGAAAUGUUUAGAAAUGUUUAGCGAAAUUGCCGAAGAUAAAGAGAAAUUUGCCAAAUUUUACGAAGCAUUUUCUAAAAACAUUAAACUUGGCAUUCAUGAAGAUUCACAAAAUCGAGCUAAAUUAGCUGAACUCCUUCGUUUCAAUUCGACAAAAUCUCCUAAUGAACUAACGUCAUUAAAAGAUUACGUUACAAGAAUGCCUGAAAAACAAAAAUCAAUUUAUUACAUCACUGGUGAAAGUCGUCAAGGAGUUGAACACUCGCCAUUUGUUGAAGUUCUCAAGAAGAGAGGUCUUGAAGUGUUGUUUAUGACUGAUCCAAUUGAUGAAUACUGUAUUACACAACUUAAGGAAUAUGAAGGCAAAAAACUUGUUUCUAUUAAAGAAAUACUUGGUGAUAAAGUUGAAAAGGUUCUUGUUUCAAAUCGUAUUUCAGAAUCACCUUGUGUACUCGUAACAGGACAAUAUGGCUGGUCAGCUAAUUUUGAACGUAUAAUGAAGGCACAAGCACUUCGUGAUUCAAUUGAAGCAGAUAAAAAUGAUAAAACAGUUAAAGAUCUUACAUGGUUAUUAUUUGAAACCUCACUUUUACAAUCUGGAUUUAGCUUGGAAGAGCCAUCAUCGUUUGCCAAUAGAAUCUUUAAAAUGAUUAAACUUGGUCUUGAUAUUGGUGAUGAUGAUAACGAUGACAAUCGUGUAGAACCCAUGGAAAUUGAAAAGGACUCAACUGAGGCAGAAGCAUCUCACAUGGAGGAAGUUGAUUAA